AUGAUCAGCGCGGUCAUCUUCCUUAUACAUCUACUCCUCGCUGUUUCUGUUGCUAGUAAGGCAGUAGAUCUGAACCUGUUCUCAAAGCAUACGACAUUAGAGCAGAGAGCAACCAAGCCGGUUGCUGCAGCUUACUACCCGGACUGGGCGAGCGAUACGAAUGCCCCAUCGGACUUAGACUUCUCCAAGUUUGAUAUCCUACUGUUUGCAUUCGCAACCCCCAACUCAGAUUCGGGGAUCACUUAUGAUUCCGGAUCCACCUCUACCUUGCAGACACUCGUCAGCAGCGCGUACAAUAGCGGUCAUGGCACGAAAGUUGUACUCUCCAUUGAUAUGCGUGGUUGGUCUGGAAGCCAUUGGUUCUCACAAUCGGUUGGAUCGUCGUCCAACAGGAAGAAAUUCGUCGAUGCAUGCGUCAGCGCCGUGAAUACUUACAAUCUCGAUGGUAUCGACAUUGACUGGGAAUACCCUAACCAGAGCGGUGCAGGCAACCCAUACUCAUCUUCUGAUGCAGCAAAUCUUCUCUCAUUUUUCACGGAGCUACGUAGCGCGCUCGGCUCGUCGAAGAUAAUCUCUGCCGCGGUCACUGAUUUGCCUUGGAUUGGCUCCAAUGGCAACCCGCUGACCGAUGUCUCUGCAUAUGCCAAGCAGAUGACCUACGCAAACAUCAUGAAUUAUGACAUUUUUGGUGCCUCCACCACCGCGCCUGGGCCAAACGCACCCCUUAGCAACGCCUGCAACAACUCCACACAGCCACAAUACAGCGCCCACGCUGCCUACACUCAGUGGACAAAGGCUGGAUUCCCCGCAAGCCAGCUGUUGCUCGGGCUCCCGCUCUACGGCUAUGCCUCGAAGAGCACAAAGACGUCGCUAUCAGACAUCGCGGAAGCGAGCCCACUGCUGGGCGCGCACCCCCAUGCAAAACCCAAUCAGACUAUCGCUGAAACUGCAGGCGAUCUGAGCUCGUACUGGGGCCAGCAGAUUCCAUUCAAUCAGAUCAUCGCAUUAGGUGCAUUGAAGGAAUCAUCGCAGGAUACAUUCAAGUCGGCUGAUGGUUACACGGAAGACUGGGACAGUUGUAGCGAUACGCCGUUCCUAUUUGAUACUUCGCGAACAACCGUCGUCACGUAUGAUGACACGCACUCGCUUGCGGACAAGGCCGCUUAUGCGCACAACCAAGGGAUGGGCGGCUGCUUUACUUGGUCUCUGGACCAGGAUUACAACUACGUUCUGCAGGAUGUCAUCCGCUCGAACUUGGGCUUGUAACGUAGAAGUAGAUUAUCUCUUUGGUGGUUGGACGUCCUCAAGCGCAUGUCUAUUUAGGACGCCCACAAUGUAUUUAAGGGUUGCUUGCCGUUA